UGUAGGUAACGAACUUAUCUUUUAAGUACAGGUCGUUUCGACAAUGCCGUGGCUUCCAAGAGAUUGCUCUGCUGAAGGAAAGCAAGGCUUGUCCAUACAUGAGCCAUCCAACACCAGAAACCAAAGUGAUUCGACCUCAGAAGGUGAACAUGUAACAAGCCAAUUAGCUGCAACAUCAAUUGCCACGUUGGAGCAAGGAGAAAGCUCAAAGGGAAGAAAGCGCUCCUAUGAUUCUGCACGCUAUGCUAGCCUUACACCAGAGCAAAGGAAAGCUAGGACGGAACGUGAUAGAAUCCGCAGACAAAGUUUAACGCCUGAGGCCAGGGAAGAGAUCAAUGCUCGCCGAAGGAGUCGUAUGCAAAGUUUAACACUUGAAGAAAGGCAAGAAAAGAAUGCACGCCGAAGAGCACGGCGGCAGAGUUUACCACCAGAGCAGAGGCAAGCAUUGCUGAAUCGUGUAAAGGAAAAUUACACUGCUAGGAGAGCCGUUCCAUGUGCUGAAUCCACCGCAAUGCAAUGCCCUGAGUUAGGUGGUUCACCCUUGAUCAAUCCAUUAUGUAGCAUACCGACAUCAUCAGUUGUAAAUGGUGCACGAGAAAUGCUCCCUAUUGUAGAUGUGGACACCAUCGUCGAGCCCGGUGCUUCAGCGUUGGCCAUCUCAUCAUCAAGCAUACCAACUUCUGGUGUUGAAAAUGAUGCUCUGGGGACCCUCCUUGACGAUGUGAUGGAUGAGGACAUAAUACCCGAGCCGAGUGCUUCAUCGGUGGCCAACCCAUCCAUGCCACCAUUCACCAUUGGAACCGAUGAUGAUCUAGAUAACUUUCUCAAGGAUGUCAUGCAUGAGGACAGAAUCCCUGAAGAGGAAAUGGAUGAGGAGUACUACUUGUUUGCCGGGGAAGGUAAAUUCUGAGAUGUUAAGAUUAUAAAAUAGCGAGCACGUUUCUGUUAUAGUAUAAUACAAACAAUUUCUCAUGAAAAAAAUAUUACUCAAAGCAACAAUACAAAACAGGUGUGGACAACUGUGAGGUCUUAGACCCAGCGGACCUAGCAGAUGCCUCCGUUGUCGGUUCUAAUGUCCUAGGUCCUUUUGAACAUGUUUACUCAAAUAUCCCUGAUAGCACACACAUGUUGAAGCCCGUGGCAGAUUGCAACCAUUGUGGUGCAAAAAGGUUUGAGUAUGAGCCGAAGUCCUUUUGUUGUCGGGGUGGAAAAAUUAGGUUGACGCUCUCCGAGCCUCCCCCAGAACUCCGGAGGCUCUGGUCGAGCUCAGAUGCUGACGCGAAACAUUUUCAAGACAACAUUAGGUUCUUCAAUGGGCAUUUUUCAUUCACCACCCUUGGCGUAAGCCUUGAUAACAAAUAUACCAACAUGAGGUCAGGCGUAUACACAUUUCGAGCACAUGGGCAAAUUUAUCACAACAUACAUUCAUUCCGUCCUAACGAGUCAUGUCACGGCCAUUUACAACUAUACUUUUACGACGACGAUCCUGGCCUCGAACAUCGGUUUCGACACUCCCCUGGGCUUGACCAGGAGGUCAUUAGAAGGUUAGUUAACAUCCUCAGGGACAACCCCUACUCUCAAUCGUUUAGGAGUCUUGGCCAAGCUGCAGACCUCGAGGAGUUUCGUAUCUCUCUAAACACAGACCCAAGGAUGGACCAGCGAACAUAUAAUGUGCCAUUGUCUUCGGAGGUAGCUGCUGUGUGGGUUGAGGGAAAUGAUCUUAUCAAAAAGUUUGAUCGUAGUAUUGUCCUCUAUGGGAAUAACAAUGACAAAUAUGGUAUAAAGCCAUACUAUGGAUGCUACGACCCCUUGUCAUACCCUCUGUUUUUUCCAAGGGGAGAGCUCGGUUGGCAUGCCCAAAUUCCAAAGAAUGGUGUGUCCUUGGAUGAGGUGCUCCAGUCCCAUGAUAAUGAAAAUGAGGACCCAGGUUAGACUCUAGACCAUUGUUGCUCUUUUCAUCUUUUGUCUAUGAACUAUAUCGUUUAAUGUUGUUUUGUCCCUACCUUCCAAUAGAUGUCAAUACUCGGUUGUGCGUCUCUGUUAGAGAUUAUUACUGUUAUAAAGUCCAGAUGCGUCGUGGGAUAUUCAAUCCCAUAUUGUACGGUAAGCGCCUUUUCCAACAGUAUGUUGUUGACAUGUACAUGAAGGUAGAGGGUGCAAGACUAGACUACAUCCGAGGUCACCAAAAGGAGAUACGUGCUGAUCUUUACAAAGGUGUUGUUGAUAGCAUAAAUGCUGGGGAAAGCCGUGCGGAUGCGGUAGGCAAAAUAACUGUACUCCCGGCACAAUUCAUUGGAGGCAAGCGAGAUUUUAAGCGAAGAUUCAUGGAUGCUAUGGCCCUGGUUCAGAAGUAUGGGAAGCCCGACAUCUUCCUAACUAUGACCUGCAACCCCAACUGGGAAGAGAUAACUCGUGAACUUGAACCUGGACAGACCCCCCAAGAUCGUCCUGAUCUCAUUGUCCGGAUCUUUCGAGCCAAGCUCGAGGACCUAAAGAAGCAACUAUUUAAAAAGCACAUCCUUGGCAAAGUGAUUGCUUAUGUUUAUGUCGUUGAAUUCCAGAAGAGGGGACUUCCACAUGCUCACUUCCUCCUUAUCAUGGAGUCUCGUUACAAGCUCUUAGUCCCAGAGCAGUAUGACCGUCUCAUCUCGGCUGAGCUCCCAGACAAGCAAAAGUAUCCAGAGCUAUAUACAAUGGUUGUCAAACAUAUGAUGCAUGGGCCCUGCGGGGUUCUAAAUCCCAAGAAUGUGUGCAUGCAAGAUGGAAGUUGUAAGAACCGGUAUCCACGUCCAUUUAACCCGACAACCGUCCAGGGAAGGGACACAUACCCUGUGUACCGGAGACGCAAUGAUGGUCGUCGUGCUCAGGUUCGAGGAAGGAUGCUAGACAACAGAUGGGUAGUGCCGUACAACCCUUACCUUCUAAGGAGAUACAACUGUCACAUCAAUGUUGAGGUGUGCUCAAGUAUCAAGGCUGUGAAAUACUUAUUUAAAUAUAUCUACAAGGGCCAUGAUCGGGCAUCCGUUUCUCUAGAUGAGGCUGAUAGUAAUGGCAACAUUGACGAGAUCAAGCAGUAUAGGGAUGCAAGGUGGAUUACCCCACCAGAGGCGCUUUGGAGGAUCUAUAGCUUCAACCUUAGUGAGAUCUUCCCAUCUGUGAGACAAUUGCAACUUCACCUCCCGGACAUGCACAUGGUCUCAUUUAAUGCUAGGGAGGAUCUCAACGAAGUUGUUGCUCGACAUGGCGCCUCAAGGACAAUGUUGACAGAGUAUUUUGAGGCAAAUAAAAAAUACACAGAGGCUCGACGAUUGUUGUAUAGGGAUUUUCCGACAGCAUUUGUAUGGCAUGCAGGCAAAAAGAUAUGGAAAAAGAGAAGUCAACGUUUCCAGGUAGGUAGAAUUGUGUCAGCCCAUCCAGCUGAGGGAGAGCGGUACUAUCUGCGAGUGCUCCUAAACAAUGUUGCAGGUGCGACCUCCUUUGAAGACCUUAGGACAGUGGAUGGAUUUGUGUGCCCAAGCUUUCGUGAAGCCGCUGAAAGAAGAGGCCUUGUGGAGGCUGACAACACAAUUGAUGAGUGUCUUACAGAGGCUGAGCUAUUCCAGAUGCCAUCCUCACUCAGAAGGCUUUUCGCAACAAUUUUGGUAUUUUGUGAGCCUAGCGACGUGCGUGGGCUAUGGGAUAGACACUUUGAGGCGAUGUCGGAUGACUACCGGCGUUCUCAGACGUGCCCACGUGCAAUCGAGCAAAUGGUGUUACAUGAUGUUAGGAACAUGCUGCAAUCGAUGGGGAAAGAUAUAGUCAUUCCCUCUUCCCCAAAUUGACCAGUCGUAUGAUACCAUGGGUGGCGAGGUUAGAGAAAUCAUCGAGGAAUCCAUGAUUGAGGCAGGCAGUGAAGAUGCUUGUCUAGCGUCAUCCCUCAACAGUGAACAAAAGUACGCCUUUGACAAGAUACUAGGAGCUAUUGAUAGUGACAAUGGAGGUGUAUUCUUCGUUGAUGGCCCAGGAGGGACGGGGAAGACUUUCUUGUACAGAGCGUUGCUCGGGAGAAUCCGAAGCGAGGGAAAGAUAGCCGUGGCAACCGCGACAUCUGGUGUCGCCGCUUCCAUCAUGCCUGGAGGCAGGACUGCACAUUCAAGGUUCAAAAUCCCCCUUAGCAUUGAAGAAGGUGCGGUAUGUAGCUUUACAAAGCAGAGUGGCACGGCUAAACUCCUUCAAGUGGCAUCUCUCAUAAUAUGGGAUGAAGCAUCCAUGACAAAGAGACAAGCUGUUGAGGCACUCGAUAAUAGCAUGCGCGAUAUAAUGGGUCGACGAGACUUGCCGUUUGGAGGAAAAACUGUCGUGUUUGGAGGCGACUUCAGGCAAGUUCUUCCAGUUGUGCGGAAGGGGACAAGGCCGCAGAUAAUUGAUGCUACCUUGCGUAAAUCAUAUUUGUGGGAAAAUAUGAAACAACUACGGCUUGUCCAUAACAUGAGGGCCAAGAGCGAUCCGUGGUUUGCAGAUUUCCUGUUGCGCAUAGGGAAUGGUACGGAGGAGAGUGAUGCUGACAAUAAUGUACAACUCCCCGAGGAUAUUUGUGUACCAUAUACAGGGAAGGACAGUGACCUUGACAUGCUGAUUGAACAUGUCUUCCAUGAUCUAGAUGAGAAUCUCGCCGAUCCUACUUAUAUUACCUCAAGGGCGAUCCUCACGACCAGGAAUGAGAAUGUUGAUAGUAUAAACAUGAGGAUGAUCGAACGUUUCCCGGGUCAAGAGAUGAUAUACCAUAGCUUUGACCGCGCGGAGGAUGAUCCGCAUAACUACUAUCCCUCUGAAUUCCUGAACUCGCUUACUCCCAAUGGGUUGCCGCCACAUGUUCUUAAGUUAAAGUUGAAUUGUCCAGUUAUACUACUGCGGAAUAUUGACCCAGCAAACGGUCUAUGCAAUGGUACGAGGCUGGUGGUACGGGGGUUCCAAAGAAACGCAAUCGAUGCCGAGAUCGUACUAGGACAACAUGCUGGAAAGAGGGUGUUCUUGCCUCGGAUUCCUCUAUGCCCCUCCGACGAUGAGAUGUUCCCGUUCCGCUUUAAGAGGAAGCAAUUCCCGGUGAGGCUUAGCUUCGCCAUGACAAUAAACAAGGCACAAGGGCAGACUAUUCCUAACGUUGGUGUCUACCUACCUGAUCCGGUGUUCUCUCAUGGUCAGCUGUAUGUGGCGUUGUCUAGAGCCACGGCAAGAGGAAACAUCAAGAUCCUUGCUGUCACGGAUAAGGACAAGGGAGGCCAGUCAAAGUCUACGACAACUCGAGGGUCCAAGGCGCGAAAUAUUGUCUACAAGGAAGUCCUCACCAUGUAGGCUUGUUAGGACUCAACAUGAAGGGGCAUCUAUGCGGUGUUGCCUGGUUUUAUUUUUUUGUUGAUGAGAAAGUAAUUGUUUCUCAUUCAAUGAAAAAUGCUUAAAUGAACUAAGUGUUUGCUGAAUACGUAGUAUUAUGAAGUGUCAGUAAUGUUCUUGAUUAACGAUGAACUACAGUCUACCAGUUUUUACAGAUAGCUUUUCUGUUUGUGAUAUCAUUCUUUGUUUGUUUUUAUGUGCAAAUUGCCUCCGCCGAUGUUAUUUUUUACAGACACAUGAAUACUUAUGGAAUGAUAACAUGAGUUUUCUAUGCUUCACGAGUGGAGGUUUUUGCAUUGGCCAAAGUUUCUAUUAUGAAAUGGUCUAUGCACUUGCUACAUAUGAGAGUUUUUAUAUGUGCCAAACAGAUACUGAACCUAUUAUGCCUCCAUGUAAGUUUGCUUAUGGUUUGAAAUAUUCUGGACCUGCAAUAUCUGCUUCCAUGCAGGGUCAGUUUAUAGUAACCUUUGAAUUUUAUCUUGUGAUGCAGAGGUGAUGCCAAUGCAUAAAGUUUGUCUUAUGUCUGGCUGUAUACUGAUUGAGCAUUCUCUAUGUACUUGCAUGCUUUAAUAGGGCGAAAAGAUGGCAUAUCAUAUUAUGUGUCACUACUUAAAGAAGGCAUAGCAUAAUAUGUGUCAAGGAUGUCCGUGGAACUGAUCUCAAGUAGGCGGCAACGAAUGUUUGCCCAUAAACUUUACCAGUGCUGGUUCACAUCUGUCACCAAUGUGUUUGAGAUAAGAAGUAUCGAUAAACUUUCACAUCGAUCACCAAUGUGUUUGAGCUAAAAUAUUUUUGUGCAGCU